AGGCAGGCCGCCACUCGGUGGCUACAAUAAAUCUUAUCGCCAUGUCGCUCUCGCUCGACAAGUCGGAAGAGUCGGUCUUCCUCCGCUUCGCUGCCCGCUUCUGCGGCGUCAAGACGUCGUCGGCCGCCCAUGGCGACAUCCGCCUCAAGCUCGGCAACGUCAUCCUUAACGAGACCAACACGAUCGUGCGCUACUUUGCCCGUGCGGCCGACCGCGAGCUCGAGCUCUCGGGCACGACGCCCCUCGAGCAGGCCGAGAUCUCCGAGUGGAUGAGCGUCGCUUCCAACCAGCGUGCGAACGAAAGCCUCAACAACAAGGGCCAGUGGAGCCUCCUCGACGCCCACCUUGCGUCGCGCGUCUACUUUGUCGGCAACCGCCCGACGCUCGCGGAUGCGACGCUCUUCUACGUCAUCUACAAGGCCUUUGUCAAGUCGCACGGCGCAGUCUCCAAGCAUGUCAACCUCCGCCGUUGGUUCAACCAGCUCCAGCACACGGUUGGCAUCCGCGGCUUUGAGACCAUGCCCAUCAUUGACGUUGCCGUGCACCAGCACUUGCUCAUGGUCCACACGACGACGACGGCGCCGGCGGCCGACAAGAAGGCGCCAGUGACCGACGAGGCCGCGCCUGCCAGCAAGGCCAAGCCGGACGCCAAGACGGACGGCAAGGCCAAGAAGGAAGACAAGCCCAAGAAGGAGAAGAAGGCGGCGGCGCCUGCGCCCGUCGUUGACGCGCAGCCCGACAUCACCAAGCUCGACAUUCGCGUCGGCAAGAUCGUCAAGGUCUGGAAGCACGAGACCGCCGACAAGCUCUACUGUGAAGAGAUCGAUGUCGGUGAGGAUGCGCCGCGCCAGAUUGCCAGCGGCCUCGUCAAGCACUACUCGCUCGAGCAAAUGGAAGGUCGUAUGUGCCUCGUCAUGUGCAACCUCAAGGCGCGUGCGCUCGUCGGCUUCAAGUCGCACGGGAUGGUGCUCUGCGCGGUCAAGACGGACGCCGAUGGCACGGAGAAGGUCGCGUUCGUCGAGCCGCCGGCCGGUGCCAAGCCGGGCGAGCGCAUCGUGUACGAAGGCCUGACGGGCGAGCCGUUGAGCCCGGCGCAGGUCGAGAAGCAGAAGGUGCUCGUCACCGCCGGCGAAGGCCUCAAGUCGGACGCCACCGGCAUUGCGAUGUGGAAGGACCACAAGUUUAUGACGAGCGCCGGGCCGUGCUCGUCGCCGAGCAUCACCAACGGCAUCUUGAGAUAAGCACAUCGCUCGAUGUGCGCCGAGGUCCCAUUUUGAUGCACGUAUAAUGUACGCACGCCAAAAGCGUUUGUCCAUCCUG